AUGCCCACUAACAAAAUUCUCAAUUUGAUUGCCAUCGCGUCUGUGGCGAUUCUUGCGUGCUCUUUCGCCGCUACCCCCGUCAACGCGCUCUCCACCGGCGGGCAUCAUUUGGCUCGUCAUCCCAGUCAUGAUGGGUUGAUCAAGAGAAACAAGAACAAGAAGCGGCAGUCUCAGCGCUGCCAGCCGAGGCCUAGCAGCUCCGAUAGCCCGACUCCGUCCAGCACAGACGUCGCUCCUUCUAGCACCUAUAUUCCCCCUCCCGACACGACUUGGUCUCCCUCCCCCAGUCCUUCUCCGACACCCAGUCCGACGCCUACCCCCAGUUCGACGCCUACCCCAUCCCCUUCGGGGUCCGGCAAAGUGGGUAUUGCCUGGCCGGACAGCGAUGAUUCCACUCUUUCCCAGUUCGUGACGUCCUCCACGAAGUUCUUUUACAACUGGUCUUGCUACAAACCGCCUGGUGUUGAUGCUGCGGGCCUUCAAUUCUUCGCUAUGUAUUGGGGAGCCGCACAAGUGGACGACUGCAACAGCCAGGUUGUUCCAGGAUACGCUGCUGCCUUGAUGGGUCCGAACGAACCGGAGCAACCCGGCCAGUCCAACCUCUCACCCGGCGACGCUGCUACACUGUGGAUGAACAACAUUCAACCCAAGAAGAGCGAUGGUUUCCAACUCAUUUCACCUGCCGUGUCGUCUGGGUCCGCCGGUAUUCCGUGGCUACAAAGCUUCUUCGGUGCAUGCGAAGGUUGCACUUUCGAUUACUGCGCCCUGCACUGGUAUGGAACGUCUGCGCAGGAAUUCAUUUCCUACGUGGAGAACUUCUACAGCACCUUCUCAGGCAACUGCCCCAGUCUCUAUAUUACCGAAUAUGCUGACAUGAGCUUCACUGGAGGUGCCCAGGAUGAUCUCAGUGGGGUCUUCAACUUCUAUGGGACCGUGAAUCCUUGGAUGGAUACGACCAGCUAUGUCGCCGGCUAUUCUGCGUUUGGCAUUAUGACUGACCUGCAGGGAGUGAACACCAACAACGCCAUGAUGCAAUCCGACGGUACUCCGAGCAGCUUGGGUUACACCUACAUCUACGACUCUUGGGCCUGA